CAUAUCGCGCCCGGCCAUGGCGGCCCGGGGCUCGCUGCAGCUGCCGGCCACGCGCAGGUCCGAGCCGGCCUACCGAGAACAAAGACGUCAAAAAGUUGAAGAAUAUCUCUCAAGAAAAAAGACCUUUUCUGGUGUGCCCAUUCAAGAAAACCAGUCAUCAAUCAGUAGCAGAACUAGGAGAACAACUAGCAAUAAACUGCAAGACAAAAUACAGCCUUCAACAUCUCCAAAGCCAGGAAUGGAAAAUAAAGAGAAUGCUAAUAAAUUCUCAUGGGAUCAAUCAAGUGGAACCUCAGGAAAAAAUACUAUUUUUAACUCUUCAACAAUCACACUGACAAAUUCUGCAUCAGGCACAAACUGUAACUCUGAAGAUCAUGCCUCCAAGGAUGAAGCCACUGAAAUAAAAUCUCAGCAUAUGUCAUUUAGCAAGUCCUUCUUGCAAAUGAAAAGCAUAAAAGAGAAGCAACUGAUUGCAGAAAACCAAAAGUCAAGUGUCAGCCUACCAAAGAAACCAGUACUUGGUACAUAUCGUGGCAGAGUUAUCCAAUCCAAGAUAAACUCCUUCCGAAAAGCACCAAAAAGUGAGAUGGAAAAGAGCUCUUUGCCGGACAAGAAACUUUUUCCUUCUGCCACCAAACCAGCAGCAAAUUCUUUGCCCAUGAGCAGAUGUACUGUAGUUCAGAAGACCAGCAAAGUCACAAAUUACACUAAUCCUGUAAAACCAAAUGGUGUCCUCCCAUUCCAGAGAAAACCAUCUGACAAAGCUAUUAACUCUCAGUCCAGUCUGAAGAAACAGCAACUGACAUCUGCUGUAGUAUCAAAGAAAGUAACAGUCGAAAAAAUGAUUAGUGGGAGGGGACCACAUUCACCAAAGGCUGCUUGUAACAAUUCUGACCGCAGAGUAUUAGGAGUGAAGAAACAGGCAGAUUUUUGUGAAGAUUCAAACCCAAAUCCUGUUCUCCCUGGUACAAAGCUGGGACAGGAUUCAAAAACUAAGGGCAACAGAAAAUCUGUUCUGCCAAAAGAGUCAGCAGAAGAGAGAAGAGCUCGCCUGAAUGAAUGGAGAGCAUCUAGAGGCAAAGUGAUGAGGAGACCUCCUAUAUCUGUGCUUCUGGCAGCGCAGCCUAAAAGUGAAGAACAAGAGUUGUCUUCGAGUGAUUCCUUAGAGCAUGUAUUACAUAGUGAAAAGGUCAACAAGACUCUCGCAGAAUGUCUGCAGUUAAUUGAACAGGGAUGUCAGGGUGAUGAAGUACGUACCAUGUUGGAAGAUUUGACACAGAGCAUUCCUGCGGCUAAAAAGCUUGCAAAAUAUUGGAUCUGCUGGAUGCGUCUUCAACAGAUGGGCCCUCUUGAAAAGCUUAUUGUUGUCUUUGAGGAGGCCAUUUUGGCAGGAGCAAUGCCCAAAGAUGAACUACGACACACACUAAUAGACACUAUGAAAAAUACUGAAAACCUUUUUAAGUCUGAGGAUGUUUUAGGAGGAACUGUGAUAGAGGCUGAUUUCAGUGAGGCAGUGGAAAUCAACAAGGAACCAAAUUCAACUGUAGAGCAAGUUCAAGUGGCCUUCAAGGAUCUCUGCUCUGAUGAUGACCAAAAAGCAGAAAAUGAUGACAACAAGGCAGACACUAGCAGUGAAGCGAUCAGAAAAGAAGAAAUCAAUUUAGAGUUGAAACACAGAGAAGAGAUCUUGCCAAAAAAGAAUAAAAAGCACAAGAAUAAACGUGCAAAAAAUAAAAAAGAAUGUGAAACAGAAGAGCAGAAUGAGGAUGAGAUAAAAGAUACAGCCCAAGCAGCUCAUUCUCCUGAGAAGGAGAAUGACACCUCUUUUUUAAUGAGACAUAAUCCAUCUUCCACACCAUACUUGGAAAGUGUUAAGGUGCACGAUGAGGCAAAUGACUGCAGUGCAAAUGACCUGAAAAUUGUAACCCCUUUGCGAUACUCUCAGCGCAUUCGGGAGAAGAUGUGCAAGCUGUCAGAUGCUGUCACAGAUCAAGAUUAAUGUGUCUCUUCAUUUGAGCAUUUGGGAGAAUUGAAAUCAAAAGCCACUACGUUUAUCCACAAGCAUAGCAAUGUGCUCAAAGAAACAAGUGCUGAAGUAGAAGAGUAAAAAAGUAGCAAUAGUGCUACAUGGUGGUUAAAAAUUGGAUGCUUAUUAAGGACAGGUGGGGGUGGUUUGGUUUUUUAGCAGCUCAGAA